AUGGCGACUUCUUCCUGUGCUUUGAUUGAUGGCAACUUCUGCCAGGUUUCUGAUCGGUGGGCUUUAUUCCCAAGGCAUGAUUACUUCACCAUCAAUGGUCUCUUUAUUGGGUCGUAUCUCAUCAAAGUGUAUCCCGUAAAAAGUGUCAUCCCCAAUGUGUCUGAUUCAGAUAAUGCACGGAAUGUGUUUGAUAAAAUGCCGGUGAAAGAUGGUGUUUGUUGGAAUGCGAUGAUUUCGGGUUUGUCGCAAAGUUUGAAUCCUUGUGAGGCGUUGGAGAUGUUUUGGAGAAUGCAGAUGGAGGGUUUUGAGGUUGAUAAGGUUAGUAUCUUGAAUUUGGCUCCGGCUGUUUCUAGAUUAGGAGAUGUUGGUUGUUGUAAGUCUAUUCAUGGUUAUGUGGUUAGGAGGAGUAUUUGUGGUGUGGUUUCGAAUUCGUUGAUUGAUAUGUAUUGUAAAUGUGGUGAUGUACAUUCGGCUCAGCGGGUUUUUGACCGGAUGGGGGUUAGGGAUGAUGUUUCUUGGGCAACGAUGAUGGCUGGAUAUGUAAAAAAUGGAUGUUACUUUGAGGGUCUUCAAUUACUUCAUAAAAUGAGGCGUGGUAAUGUUAAGAUGAACAAGGUAGCAGUUGUAAAUGCUCUUUUGGUAGUUGCGGAGAUGAGAGACCUAGAGAAAGGAAAGGAAAUUUAUAACUAUGCUUUACAGAUGGGGUUAAUGUCAGAUAUUGUUGUUGCUACUCCUAUAGUGUGCAUGUAUGCAAAAUGCGGCGAGUUGAAGAAGGCUAGAGAAUUGUUUUUGAGUCUCGAAGGAAGAGAUUUGGUUGCUUGGUCUGCUUUUUUAUCGGCUCUUGUGGAAACUGGAUAUCCCAGAGAAGUAUUGUCUAUAUUCCAAGUGAUGCAGUAUGAAGGUUUGAAACCAGAUAAAGCGAUUCUGUCAAUUCUUGUUUCAGGUUGUACAGAAAUUUCAAAUAUCGGAUUAGGUAAGAUUAUGCACUGCUAUGCCAUUAAAGCAGAUAUGGAGUCUGAUAUCUCAAUGGUAACAACCCUUGUCUCAAUGUACAUUAGAUUUGAAUUAUUUACUUAUGCUAUGACACUAUUCAACAGAAUGCAAAUUAAAGAUAUUGUGGUCUGGAAUACUUUGAUAAACGGGUUUACCAAAUAUGGUGACCCACAUCUUGCAUUGGAAAUGUUCAAUAGAUUACAAUUAAGUGGGAUUCUACCAGAUAGUGGAACCAUGGUGGGUUUGUUUUCAGCUUGCGCCAUUAUGGAUGACCUAGAUCUAGGAACAUGCUUACAUGGAGGUAUUGAAAAGAGUGGUUUUGAAUCUGACAUUCAUGUAAAAGUUGCUCUAAUGGACAUGUAUGCCAAAUGUGGGAGCCUUUGCUCAGUUGAACGCUUGUUUCUCUUAACCAAGCAUGUAAAAGACGAGGUAUCUUGGAAUGUGAUGAUUGCAGGGUAUCUGCAUAAUGGAUAUUCUAAUGAAGCAAUUUCUACUUUUCGCCGGAUGAAAUUAGAAAAUGUUAGGCCCAAUUUAGUCACUUUUGUGACCAUCCUUCCUGCUGUAUCGUAUUUGUCAAUACUAAGAGAGGCCAUGGCUUUUCAUACUUGCAUAAUCCGAAUGGGAUUUCUAUCCUGUACCCUUAUCGGAAACAGUCUCAUAGAUAUGUAUGCCAAAUGCGGACAACUCCGUUAUUCUGAGAAAUGUUUUCAUGAAAUGGAAAACAAAGACACUAUUUCAUGGAACGCAAUGCUUUCGGCAUAUGCUAUGCAUGGUCAAGGUGAACUUGCUGUCGCUCUUUUUUCAGUAAUGCAAGAGAGUAAUGUCCGCGUUGAUUCAGUUUCCUACAUCAGUGUAUUAUCUGCUUGUAGACAUUCUGGUUUAAUUCAAGAAGGAUGGGACAUUUUUGCCUCCAUGUGUGAAAAGCACCAUGUUGAACCCAGUAUGGAACACUAUGCCUGCAUGGUUGAUCUUUUGGGCUGCGCUGGUUUAUUUGAUGAAGUUUUGAGUUUACUUAAUAAAAUGACAACAGAACCUGAUGCUCGAGUUUGGGGCGCCCUCCUGGCAGCAUGUAAAAUUCAUUCAAAUGUCACAUUAGGAGAGGUUGCCGUGCAUCACCUCCUUAAACUUGAACCGAGAAACCCAGUUCAUCAUGUAGUUUUGUCGGAUAUUUAUGCUCAAUGUGGCAGGUGGAAUGAUGCGAGAAGGACAAGAUCACAUAUAAACAACCAUGGGUUGAAGAAAAUUCCAGGAUAUAGCUGGGUUGGAGCUCACAAAAAUGGUUCAUUACUUUCUUGCUAG